AUCAUUAGACAACCAGAAUACAUUCCCUGAACUAUCAGUUCUUAGAAAUGAGGAAGGCUUUCCUCCUUGCUGGCUUCAACAAGAUAUGUUAUAAAAAGAAUUCAUCAUAUGGCAAGUUCUGCUGUAGUGGAACACAGGAGUAACUCCUUCGCAAUGAUGCUUCCUUUGGCUCUUGUGGUGCUUUCGUUUUUUCAUGGCGCUUCUUCCCUAGUGGAUACCAGCAUAUUUUCAAUAUACAACGAAGACCACAGGCGUUGUGUAACUGUCCGGCCUCCUAACUAUGCCACAACUGCUCCUUGUAGCCCUAACGAUGAGGCACAAAAGUUCCGAUGGGUUUCCAGUCACCAACUGAUGAGUGUCUCUCAGAAGUCAUGUUUUGGAGUGUCUUUAAAGAAAACCUGGACCCCGAUUAGUCUGUACCCGUGUGACUCAACAAGUGAGCUCCAGAAAUGGGAAUGUCGAAAUGACACACUUUUUGCUAUCCAAGGAAUAGAUCUGUUUUUCAACUAUGGCAACAAAAAUGAACCAAGUAUUAUGCUGUACCAUGGUUCAGGAACAUGGAGUAGGUGGAAGGUCUAUGGGACUAGUGAUGAUUUGUGCUCCCGGGGUUAUGAAGAUAUGUUUACCUUGAAAGGCAAUAGUGAUGGGGCUCCAUGUGUGUUCCCUUUCCAAUAUGACAGCAAAUGGUAUGCUGAGUGUACAACUGCUGGCAGGUCAGAUGGCUUGCUAUGGUGUUCAACUACGAGAAACUAUGAUACAGAUAAGAAAUAUGGACAUUGUCCAUUGAAAUCUGAUAGAAUGGAGCAGUUUUGGACUACAGACCCUUUGACUAAAGUACAGUACCAAAUCAACCAAAAUGCUGCUCUAACAUGGUACCAAGCAAGUAAAAGUUGUGAGCAACAAGAUGCUGCCUUAUUAGGCAUCACAGAGUUGCAUGAGCAAAUGUACCUGGCAGGGUUAACUGCUACUUUGACUACUGAACUCUGGUUUGGCCUUAAUAGUUUGGACUUCAACAGUGGGUGGCAAUGGAGUGGUGGUCAACCUUUCAGACUCUUAAACUGGGCACCAGGCAAUCCUUCCCCAGAACCUGGAAAAACCUGUGGAACAUUUAAUCCAGCUAAGGGAGGUAAAUGGGAAAGCCAAGAAUGCAAUAAUAAACUUGGAUAUAUUUGUAAAAAAGGAAAUGCCACGCUGAACUCCUUCAUUAUUCCUUCAGAAACAAACACGCCCAUUAAGUGUCCCGAUGGAUGGAUAUCCUAUGCAGGUCACUGUUAUAAGAUUCACAGAGAAGCCAAUUUGUGGAAAGAUGCCUUAACACUUUGCAGAAAGCAAGGUGGCGAUUUGGCAAGUAUCCACAACAUUGAAGAAUACAGCUUUAUUCUUUCCCAGCUUGGGUACAAACCAACUGAUGAAUUGUGGAUUGGACUGAAUGACCUCAAGAUUCAAAUGUAUUUUGAAUGGACUGAUGGGACCCCAGUGACAUACAGCAAAUGGCUACCUGGAGAGCCAACCCAUACCACAAAUGGGCAAGAAGACUGUGUUGCUAUGAAAGGAAAGGAUGGGUAUUGGUCAGAUCAACCUUGUGAUAUGAAACUGGGAUACAUUUGCAAAAGUAAACCGUUGAAAGAAGCUCCAGCAGAAACUGAGACUGUUCAAGAAGGUUGCAAGAGAGGCUGGAAAAGACAUGGUUUCUACUGUUACAUGAUUGGAAAUGUAUUUGCAACAUUUGCUGAGGCAAACCAAACAUGUAGAAGAGAAGAUGCUCAUUUGGUGGCUGUUGAAGAUAGGUAUGAACAAGCCUAUCUGACCAGUUUGAUUGGACUUAGAACUGAAACACAUUUCUGGAUUGGUUUUUCUGACACAGAAGAAAAAGGAACGUUCAAGUGGAGUGGUGGAGAAGUUGUUUCAUUCACUCACUGGAAUGCAGAAAUGCCUGGAAGGAAGCCAGGCUGUGUAGCCAUGAGGACUGGAAUUGCAGGUGGCUUAUGGGAUCUUCUGAAAUGUGAGACAAAGGCAAAAUUUCUCUGCAAGCGUUGGGCUGACGGAGUGACUGUUCCACCUAUACCAACAACGACUCCUGCUCCCCAGUGCCCUGAAGACUGGAGUUCAAGUGAUCAGAGGAAUAUAUGCUUCAAAGCUUUCUCAAGACGAUUUGAAAAGAAACACUGGUCUGAGGCUCAAAGUUUUUGUAGAGCUAUUGGGGGUGACUUGGCCUCCAUUGCCAGUUCAAAAGAAGAACGUUCAUUGCAGCGCUACUUAUCGAACUUUGGAUUCACUGGUUCUCAUUACUGGAUAGGACUCAAUUACAUAAGCCAGACUGAAGGAUAUGCAUGGAGCGAUGGUUCUCCAGUAGGAUAUAGAAACUGGGGAUAUGGAGAACCUAAUAAUUAUAAUGGAGUAGAACAUUGUACAGAAUUAAAUCCGGAUUUCCGCAUGUUCUGGAAUGAUGUACACUGUGAUGAUAUACACUACUGGAUUUGUCAGAUUGGAAGAGGAGAACAGCCAAAACACGAGCCAACAGAUCCACCUCUCCCAGUUUUUCAGAAGACCAGUGAUGGAUGGCUCAUCAAUGGAGACAAACAGUAUUAUGUCAGCACUGAUCUUGUUCCCAUGGAAAAAGGACGGGAGUUUUGCAAGAAAAAUUCUGCAGAGCUAGCUGUCAUUGAAGGCAACAAUGAAAGGAGGUUCCUAACUAAAUAUAUUUCAAAAACUGAACAGGACAAUUCUUACUUCAUUGGUUUACAACUGAGUAUUGAUAAGGAGGUUAGCUGGAUGGAUGGAACUCCUGUGAAAUAUGUCGCCUGGUCACCACAUGAACCCAACUUUGCAAACAAUGAUGAAAACUGUGUGGUUAUUUACAAAUCAACAGGUCUUUGGAAUGAUGUAAAUUGCGGUUACCCACAUCCUUUCAUAUGCGAACGACACAACAGUUCUGUCAAUGCAACAGUUGCUCCUACAACGAUGUCUGUCCCAAGGGGAUGUCCGGAAUCAUGGCUUAUGUUUGAAAAUAAGUGCUAUAAAUUUUUUGGACUUAAGGAAGAAGAGCAAAAGAGUUGGGGUGAUGCACGAACAGUUUGUGUACGUUUAAAAGGAAAUUUGGCUACAAUAAGUAACGAAAGGACCCAAGCCUUUCUCACUUCCCAUUUAUAUAAUUUCCAAACGGAUGUAUGGAUAGGACUAAAUGAUAUUAAUCAGGAGCAAAUGUACCUCUGGACAGAUGGGAGAGGAGUCUUCUACACAAACUGGGCCAAGGGUUUCCCAUCCACAUAUGAUUCAGACAGGGAAGACUGUGUUGUGAUGAGAAGCAGACCUCUCAGAGAAGCUGGGACAUGGAGACAUUUUCACUGCUCCACUAAGAAAGGCUUUAUAUGCCAAACAAAUACAGACCCAGAAUCUUCUGUCCCUGCAUCAACCACUCCUGUACAAUUUUUCCAUUAUAAUAAUGGUACCUACUUCUUCAGAGAAACCAGAAUGACAUGGAAGGAUGCCCAAAAAAUCUGUGAAGGAGAAAAUGCUGACCUAGCUAGUAUCUUAGAUCCCUACAGCCACUCACGCCUCUGGCUACUCAUGUUAAAAUAUGGAAAGCCUGUGUGGAUUGGCCUCAACAGCAAUGUGACUGAUGGACAAUAUACAUGGAUCGAUAAGUUCAAAAUGAAGUACACUAAGUGGGCUGCGGGGGAACCAAAACAAAAAUUUGGUUGUGUUUAUCUGGAUCUGGAUGGAACAUGGAAGACAGGAUCUUGUAAUGAAAAUUAUUUUCCACUCUGUAAACGUUCUCUUGUGAAGGCGCCUACUGAACCACCUCAGCUUCCAGGAAAGUGUCCAGAAUCAGAGGAGAAACCUUGGAUCCCUUUCCGUGGCCACUGUUACCAUUUUGAAUCCUCAACAAGGAUGUCUUGGUCUUCGGCCUCUUUAGCUUGCUUUCGGUUAGAUGCAUCUCUGGUUUCAAUAAUGGAUUCAGCAGAAGCACGCUUUUUAGUAGAAAAUACAGAAGCACUUGAAAGUAAAACACGAACAUUUUGGACUGGAAUGAUUAAAAAUGUGAAGGGUAAUUGGAUUUGGCUGGACAACGCUGUCGUGGAUUUUGUCAACUGGAAUGAAGGGGAGCCUUCCCCGCAAAGCAGCGAGCAGUGUGUGGAAAUGUAUUCUUCAUCGGGGAACUGGAACAACGCUUACUGCAAUAACUAUAUGGGAUAUAUCUGCAAAAAACCCAAAGAGAUUGAAACUGUGCCUACUCAGAAGCUUCCAGAAAAGAAAGAACCAAGGAAGAUGGAUGAUACUCCUGUACGAACCCACAACAAAGCUGUUGCUGUGGCUGUUGUGGUGAUCCUCAUCCUGGCAGGAGCUGCUCUUGCAGGUUACUAUUUCUACAAGAAAAGGGGCCAGCAGACAGGGACAGAUGACAACUUUGAGAACAAUCUCUAUUUUAAUAGCAGUUCAACUCCCGGAACAAGUGAUACAAAGGACCUUAUGAUGAACAUGGAGCAAAAUGAACGUGCAGCAAUUUAGUCUGAUAAAAUAUAAGCUAUGCCUUCUUUUAAUAAACGUAUUGAACCUCCUAAAGUACUCUGCCAAAAAUUAAUGUUUCCUGUACAAAAUAGUGCUAAUAAUCCCAUUUGUUUCAGCAUUUGUAUUGCAUGCUAACCAUGGAAUGACUUCAUUCUGUACUCCCAAUAAUUCAGCAGCUUUGUUAAAAUAAGCCCAAAGUAUCCCUGCUAACUUGGCUAAGAGGCAUCUUUUAAUGUGGUGAUUCUCUUUAUUUAGCAGGGGGAGAGUAACUGGCCCUAUCCACCCCCAGCACAGUACCUCCAGUGACUGUUGCUGGUGUCUAUCUUAUGUUUCUUUUUAGAUUGUGAGCCUUUUGGGGACAGAGAUCCAUCUUAUUUUUAUUUAUUAUUUCUCUGUGUAAACUGCCCUGAGCCAUUUUUGGAAGGGCGGUAUAGAAAUGGAAUAACUAACUAAAUAACUAUCUUGAUAACUGAGCCACUGGAUAAGAGAAUAGCUGACAGCACUUAACAGAAGAUCCAUUUUAAAAUUUGUUGUGCAGAAAAAGGGAGCCAUUGCUAGAGGGAAAUCAAAUAAAUAAAUAAUACACUUCAUUUGUUAGCUGCCCCAUAACAAAUUGUUCUCUGGGCGGCUUACAAAUAGCAUUAAAACAUCAAAUAAAGAAAUGGGAAUGUCACUAUAUUAAUGUGUUACCUGUGCAUAUUAACAAACUGAUAUGGGAGAACUAAGAUACUACUGAAAUAUUCCUUUUCUCGGUUGCUGCUGCCAGGGACACCUCGUGGGUUCUCCUCCUCCACUAGAUCCGAGGCAGGACAGAUCUGAUUUGAUAGAAAAACAAGCCCACGCCCCUUCGGGGCUGAGUGGAUUACCUCGUCCCAGUUCUUUCUGUCCUCGCUCAGCUCCAGGCAGCAGAUUUCUUCUUCUCUGAAUUUUUCCUCAUUUCUAAAGUGUUUGUCCUCCUGAGUCUUUACCAUUUUCUUCCUUUUCUCACACCCCUGCCUCUUCUGUUCCACUCUAUUCCCGUGUGUGAGAAAUAAUAAUAAAAAAAGCUUUGUGUUUUUCCCGGCUUAUCCCACCCCCCCCCGGCCUUCCUUCGCUCCUUUCCUUUACUGUUGUAUGGAGCAUGAGCAUGGAAGGAAAGUAGUCUUAGUGCCCCGAGGGCUCCGUCAAGUGGUUUUCGGCCCCGGCACCUCCAAGCCCUUCAGCCAGCCCGCAGCCUUCAAUCCAGUUUCACUCUGUUUCCAAGCGGCACUGGCGCUUGGCGAAACACUACUGCCCUUUCCAGACACAGCCACAGCCUCCGCAAUGGCCGCAGUGCCAGUGUUGGUGACGGCCACCAUAGAGCUGCCCACGCUGCUUGCUCUCCAGCCCGCCCCGAGUCUCCCACCUCCGGGCCACAAGACUUGCACUUCGGCAGCCAGGUGUGCGGUACUACCUCCCGUCAGCCCUCUAGAACACAGCCAGAUCGGGUGUCUGUGGAUUCCCUUCACCAACCUGCCCCCUACUUCGGCAGAGAUCCGGGCUAUUUCUCUGGCACAGGAGCGCAGCAGGUGUGAAAUGGUGGCUGAGCACCAAAAAUGGCAUGAAAGGAGAGUAAGGCCACCAUUUUGGAGGAGGAGGACCAGCUCUCUACAGGGACCUCGCGCACUGAGACUCCAUUGAGGGAGGUAACUGGGGAGACUCAGGGUUCCUCAAAAACGAAUGUUGUGUCUGCUGUGGCGGCAGGGGAUCGUGUCCCUUCUAGUGCCGGUCCUUCCCUGGCUCUCCCUAAAGCAAUGCCACCUGAAUGGCAGGCAUGGUUCAAGAAUGCUAUCAUAAGACACUAUUUAUCUAGCAAGCAAGAUUCGGUUUAGAGUGAUUGAGGCACGAGUGAUUGAGGCUGUGCAUUUCAGAUUAACCGGUUUCAUUUGAAUGAAAUUAGUCAUGUAUAUGGUAUUUGAAGGUAUUGAUGUUUUAUGUAUUUUAUUGUUGUUGUUUCUUUUUCUUGUAUUUAUGCUGGCCUUGGGCUGAAAUAAACAAACACAUACAUACAUACACUA